AUGACUACCGAUCUUCUAUCCUCAUCUCAAGUCAAUGACUUUGAUUAUGUCAUUGUUGGAGGUGGAACAGCAGGAUGUGUUAUUGCUAGCAGACUUUCCGAAUACUUACCCCAUAAGAAGAUUCUUAUGAUUGAGGGUGGUCCAAGUGAUUUCAAUAAUGAUAAAGUAUUGAAGCUCAAGGAAUGGCUCACUUUACUUGGUGGGGAAUUGGAUUAUGAUUAUGGAACUACAGAACAACCAAAUGGAAACUCAUACAUUAGACACUCACGUGCUAAGGUUCUUGGAGGCUGCUCUUCUCACAACACCCUGAUAUCAUUCCGCCCUUUCGAGUAUGAUUGUCAAAUUUGGGAGAGUUUGGGAUGCAAAGGAUGGGGAUUCAAGACCAUGAUGCGUCUCAUCGACAACCUACGCAACCAAACCAACCCCGUUCAUCCACGCCACCGAAAUCAAAUUUGCAAAGAUUGGGUUCAAUCUUGCUCUACCGCCAUGGACAUUCCCAUCAUUCAUGAUUUCAACCACGAGAUUCGUGAGAAGGGUGCUCUUGAACAAGGAGUAGGUUUCUUCUCAGUAUCCUACAACCCAGAUGAUGGACGAAGAAGUUCCGCCUCUGUCGCUUACAUUCACCCAAUUCUCCGCGGUGCCGAGAAUCGACCAAACUUGACCAUCCUCACCAAUGCCUGGGUCAGCAAACUUAACUUCGACUCCAACAAAACCGUCAAGAGCUUAAAUCUAACUUUGAAAUCCGGCGAGAAACUCACUGUCUCCCCUAAGACCGAAACGAUCCUCUGUGCUGGCGCAGUCGACACCUGUCGUCUCAUGCUCCUCUCCGGAGUUGGCCCCGCCCAACAACUCCAAGACCUCAACAUCCCCGUCGUCCACGACCUCCCAGGUGUAGGAGAGAAUCUGAUCGACCACCCCGAAUCCAUCAUCAUGUGGGAACUCAACGCACCCGUCCCACCCCAAACAACCAUGGACAGCGACGCCGGUAUUUUCCUCCGCCGCGAGCUCCCCAACGCGGCCCAAAACCACACCCAUCCAGAACUCAACCCCAAAGCUCUCCCAGACGGCACAAUCGCAGAUAUCAUGAUGCACUGCUAUCAAAUCCCCUUUUGUCUCAACACUGCUCGUCUAGGAUACGACGCCCCCCUCAACGCCUUCUGCAUGACACCCAACAUUCCCCGCCCCCGAUCCCGAGGCCGCAUCUACCUCACCUCCUCCAACCCCUCCAUCAAACCCGCCCUCGAUUUCCGCUACUUCACCGACCCCGAAGGCUACGACGCCGCCACCAUUGUCGCGGGCCUCAAAGCCGCCCGCGAAAUCGCCACCCAAGCUCCCUUCUCCAACUGGCUGCUGCGCGAAGUCGCUCCAGGCCCCGACGUUCAAACCGACGAACAGCUUUCAGAAUAUGGCCGCAAGGUCGCCCAUACCGUGUAUCAUCCGGCUGGAACUACAAAGAUGGGUAGUGACCAGGAUCAAAUGAGUGUGUGUGAUGAGAAAUUGAGAGUGAGGGGGUUGAAGGGUGUCAGGGUGGCGGAUGCAGGUGUGUUCCCGACGAUGCCGACUAUAAAUCCCAUGUUGACGGUUUUGGCGAUUGGGGAGAGGGCGGCGGAGUUGAUUGCACAGGAGGCGGGGUGGAGGGGGAUGGUGGAACCGAGGUUGUAG